AGAUGAUAAACAAAAACAUUAGUGAGCAGGGCGGCCGAGAGUCCUCCGAGAGUUGCCUUUCCAUGAAAGAUGGACCAGUGGAUCAGGUUAAACGCAAACACAGCUGGGAAGGACAAGAUUUUCAGAUUACUGCAGUACUUGAGUCGACUCAUCUGGCACAAUCUAGAAAGCAGGAAGAAUCUGCGUGAUGCUGUGGCUCGAUUGAAGAUCAUAGAGAACGCCUUCUCGACCUUCAGGAAAUUAUUGCGUCUGGGAAAAAGCAUAGAGGUCCUGUAUGGUGCCCUGCGUACAUUGCAUCUACCAGAUGUCGUGCUACGUGUUACACUAACACUGUCUAGAAUCUACCAAUCCCUCUUCCUUCUGGUGGACCACAUUAUCUGGAUUGGCCGUGUGGGCUUGUUCGACAUCAACAAGGAGAAAUGGUCUAGUUAUUCAAACAGAUUCUGGUUAGGUGCAAUUAUUCUCAAUAUGAUUAGGGAUGUUUAUGAGAUUAUAACAAUCAUGAAGAAGCGGCUGAAGUGCCAGGACCUUCAGCCUUGUGUCUACAAGAACAUCCCUGUUAUCAAGACUUUCUACGAGUGUGUCCCGGCUACAAGACCUAUCGUGCAGUUUGCUGAGGAGCACCGCGAUGUGUUCUGGGACAGCAUCAAGAACAUUUGUGAUAUUUGGAUUCCACUGACCAGCCUAGGCCACACCAAGUUCUCACCAGGUGUUGUGGGGCUCCUUGGAAGCAUCUCAUCAUUUGCUGGACUCAUUGCUGUCUUAGACCCUCUGGCUAAGCUCAGCCCUACAUAAUUUAUAGUGCAGCAGUGUAGAGCAGUUACAGGUGAGGUGUUUGGUGCGACUUUUAUUCCUGUUUCAUGAGGUUCUUUGUAACUGCUGGAAUGAAUUUGGUUAGUGAGAGAUGCUUUACGUUAUUGUACAUUGAUAUGAUAGGUAGUUUUUAUAUUAGUUUUAUAUGUAUAUUUUGUAUGUGCAAAUUUUAUUUCAGGAUUCUCAGGUAAUCUUUAUCUGUUGAUUUUUCUUUUUUGAGAAUGAGGUUUUGCCAUUAUUUUCUUUUACAGGAAUAUGGUCUAAUGAAUACUAUAUGUUUUAUUUGAAAUUAAUUUAUCAAAUUUCCAUUAUACUUUAGGACAUUAGUGACACUCAGAUUUGACUGUGAAAUUAGUAUAGUCAGGUAAAAUUUUCAGACUGGAAACUCAAGAACACGGUCUGCAAUUAUAGUUAGGAUAACUACUAAUACUGUCUCAAAAAUUAUGUAUUCCUUUUGUGUGUACCAUGCUCAUUUUGAACCAUCAUUAUUUACACCAUAAGGAGAGAUGAUGUUCUAGUUUAAGGUAUUAGCAUUAUUACUCUACUUGAUAGCCUGGAUAACCUUUGAUAUAUAGAAUAGAGACUGUACUACUCUUAAGGGUAUUGUGAAUGGAAAAGGUGACUUAAUUACAAUAAAAUCCAUAUUACUCAUCUGUGAAUAGACCAACUGCAUCAUUUAAUGAAGCAGAUAGAUUAAGUCUAUACUAAUGUGUAUUCCUUUGAGAUGUAGCAGUGGAUGAAAAACCUCCUAUGUUUUGAUAAUUUUUUUCAUUAUUCAAAGUUCUGAUGUUUAUUAAAUCUUUACAUUUUAUAUAUGGUAGCUCAAAUUAAAGCUUAUUUGUAGAAAGGGAAAAUUCUAUGGAAAUGGCAUUAUGUUUGUAAUUACUGGGAAUUUUAUUUGGAGGUAUUGUUUAAGCAUUGCCAAGAAUAUUAUGUUUGAGUGCAAAUGGUGAAAUAUUUUGAGUUGUAGUCUAUGGAAGGAAAUUUGUGCCAAGCCAAGGAUUUGUUCAACUAAAGGCAAUGAAACAAAAGAUCAGAUUGAAGACAUUCAGUCUUUUUUUGUGUGGAAAACUAUAUAAUAUGUAUUUGAUAUAACAGGAGGUGCAUCUAUUGUAUUUUUAAUUGAAAAGUGUUAUGCUUUGGUCAGUUUGGUCAAUUUGUGUUAUGUUUUGUAGUUUAUUUGUUAUUUUUCUGUAGAUUUUAUCAUGACCUUAAUUUACAUGAUGACCUAUUACUAGCCCUUGGUGUAGGUGUCUUGUUAAUAUUGAAAAUAUAACAAAGAACAAAGAAAUUAACAAAGAUAAAAUCUUUGAAUAACUGAAAGGGAAGAGGUAAAAUUAUAGUUACAUUAUAGAGACAAGUGUUAUGGUUGUAACAAGGUGCUAAAUUGUUUUUGAUGCUUUAUUUACUCUUAUUUUCUUAAUUUUAUUGAAGUCAUGUUAAUUUAGUUUCUUAAGAUUCCUCCAGUAAAAGCCAAAGUAUCAAUAUCUCUGGGAAUUUUGUUACUCUGAUGGACUGAUACAAUAAAAUAGAUAUCCAGAUUCAAUUAUGCCAUGGGAGUGGCAAGUUUGGGACCAGACAGGUGCAAGGGUAACAUAUUUUUGGAGUCAGUGAAGAUUAGGCAAAAAAAAAAAAAAGUAAAACUGUAAAACUGUAUAAAACUGAGCUUACAUAAGCAUAAAACUGGUUCAGGUCUGACUGGAUAUCUUCACAUAAGCUGUGGUAAAAGCAAGCAAAAUGGGGCAGUGGUGGUGCUGCAGCUGGUUGAAAUCUGCCUGUAUGUAUCUUAACCUCAAAAAGGCUCUUUGGUUAUGAAUGUUAGUUUAUCAGUCAUGUACUGGUCAUGGACUGCCAGAUGCAAAUCACUGUCCUUAACCAUUCAAAUUGCCAAACCAAUCAAUAGUGGACUAAUGAACUUCAACCUGAAUUAAAUUUAUAGCUUUGCUAUUUGAUUAAAAAAAGAGAAAUCACAUUUAUUUGUGUUAAAUGUAUUCUGCUAAUGCAGUAUGGCUUGUAUGUAUAUGUGUAUAUGUGGGAUAUAAUGUAUGUGUGUGUGUGUGAUAUCAAUAAUGUGAGAGAGAGAGAGAGAGAGAGAGAGAGAGAGAGAGAGAGAGA